UGUCGCAUUGUUUUAUUAAUUCACUGAAUACAGAAAUACUAGAAAUAGUAUGCUUACAGGGGUUUAAAUUACUUUGUAUUGAAAUAUCUGAACAGCUACAGAAAAAUAAACUGACCGCAGAAAGAACAUAGGUUUUUACUUUAUAAUAAUUAAUGUAUUACGUCCAGAUCAUUUCAAUACAUCACAAUGUCGUCAUUUCAAGAGCGGCAAAAAAGUCUGUUCAAUCAGUUGAAAGUGGCAGAGGAAGAAAUUGGUUAUUCAAAAACCAACAAGGCUACACCCCAAGACUACGGCACAAUCGACAAAUACACAUACAAGAAACUGAAACAUGAAAUGAAACAGUUUAGAGGCAGGGAGAGCAUUUACAAAAGACCUGAAGCGAACAUCCGAGAAUGCUUAAGAGCGAAAACGAUUCCAGAUCACAUAAAGAACCCACAAAAGUACAAAUAUUAUUCCCUGGCAGAUGUCACACCUGAACAGAUGUCAGACUCUACAAAUACAGCUACAGCAUUAGCACUCAUACGUGAAAUGGAAGAAAAAGAGGCAGCUGCUUCAAAAAUGGAACAUGAUGCAGAUGAUACAGAUGUUUUCAAAAAGCCAACCUUCCACAUUUCUUCUGCUCUAAGAAAAACACCAAAGGCAGAGGAAAAAGCCGUAUUUAAGAGCAGUAAACUCAUUAUGCCUGAGUAUGUUGUUGGAGUGUCAAAGACAAAAGAAAAGAAGGUCAAACGGGAUAAGACUGAAAAGCCUGAAGGUUCUGAAAAGAAGUCGCAAUUAAAACUUGAUCACCUUUUUGAGGAGGAGGACUAAUUUAUAUAUUUUUACUUAAUUAGGAUGUAAUGUACAUUAAUAUAAAUUAAAUGUUUCUACAUUGG